CCUAGAUGUCAGUACGUGAACGAAUAUUAGACACAUGUUCUAUAGCAUAAUAAAAGAUCAUAUAAUCAUCAAGCAUGCAUUUCUCAAUACCGGAUACCCAGGAAUUCAUUGACGACGGUGGGAAUGCAUAUCUGGGCUAUAACAUACAUAUCAAUGGAUUAUUUCACUGCACUGUGAGGUAUAAACAAUUGUUGAACCUACAUGUGCAACUGGGAAAAGAGCUUGACGUUGUGCUUCCUGAAUUUCCGCCAAAAAAGUUAUUCCCAUUGACAGUAAAUCAGCAGGAGGAAAGACGUGCUCUUUUGGAAAAAUAUAUUCAAACAAUUGGGCAAAAUUCUGCUAUAAACAGUUCUGAAUUGCUUAAUGGAUUUCUACUACAUGCUCAACAAGAAACAGCAGGAGAACAUUCUGGAGUAGAAAAUUUAGAUAUUUUUUUGAUUAACGGACACAAAAUUACAAUAUCUGCAUCUCCAAGAGAAAACUCUGAACAAAUUUUAAUGAAAGUCUGCUGUUUAAUUGAAUUACAUGAAAAGUAUGCUUGCUACUUCGCAUUGUUUCUUAUGCAUCAAGAAGAAGACGAUAGUAAUAUAAAUGUGCUACGAAAGCUGCAAAACUUUGAGUCUCCUCUCAUCACUCACAAGAGUAUACCUCUUAUUAGCGUCAAGAUAGUGUUGGCUAAAAGCUACUGGAACCCUGCCUAUGACGAAGAAUUGAUGCAGGAUAAAGUUGCUUUAAAUCUGCUCUAUGUUCAGACAACAUCAGAAAUUGACAGAGGAUGGAUUUCUGUUCCCAAUGAAUCAAGAGAUCGUCUUGCUAGCAUACGAGCUCGAAGCAAUAAAAAGGAGUACUUGAAACUGGCCAGAUCUUUUAAAUACUACGGAUAUAUUCAGUUUGCUGCGUGUCUCAGUGACUAUCCUGAACCACGCACAAGGGUUUUGGUAUCCAUUGGUAAAAACGAACUUAAUUUGCGAAUUUAUCAAGAAGGCGAAGAGGAAUGUGAAGCUACAUUUGAAGUUACUAGAAUGCGCUGUUGGCGCAUCACUACACUGCACAAUACUGCAGAAAAACAUGAAGAUGAAGAAUACAGCCUUGAGUUAUCCUUUGAAUAUCUGAUGUCUAAAAACCAGUUGCAAUGGAUUACAAUUUCAUCCGAACAAGCUAUCCUCAUGUCCGUUUGUUUACAAGCUAUGAUCGACGAGCUGCUGAUAAAAAGUAUUGGCGGAAAUAAAAACCAGGAGAAAUCAUCAAAAACUUGGACAUAUAUGAGAAGAGAUGGUAACAGUCAAGUCAUAGCGACAUCGCCUUCUACAGACAGUAUUAAUAAAACGGACCAGGAAAGAGAGCAGCAAUCUAUGCCACCAAAAACUGAACCAAUUAUGCGAAAAAUAACUGAGAGAUUAUCAGCAGUAACUGUGAAGAAGUCCGAUGGGGUAAAGAGAUCAACAAAUAUUUUGAAUAAAGUAGAUGGCUUGAGUGAAAAUAAUGCAUUCCAUAUGAUUGGCGACGAUGAUCUUUGAACAUCUAUAACAUUCGUUUUGAAAUAAGAAUGGUUGACAAUAUGUGCAGCUUCUAACAAACUGAUGCUCAGUACUAACAGGUUUGGAAUUUAUUUUAAACGGUUUUAUUAAACGGGGCAAUAUUUUCAUAUCGUACAUCAUUAAUGGGCCAAAAUAAUAUUGC